AUGCCUCUCCCUCCGUCUCCCCUGAAACUCUCUCACCGCCGUCUCUCCGACGUGGACGACUUCCUCGUCUCUCCAGGCGCAGACGCUCCCAACGAAUUCGCUCCCCACAGUCCAACGUCACCUCGAACACCUCGCUUUUCCGCGCCUUCAUCCCCCGUCGCCUUUCGGCAUGGCACAGGUGCUUUGAAUGGCUCGCAUCGGGACUCGGUAGAUUUCUCGACCAAGUCCAAUGGCGGCGGCGGUCUUGGAAAUCUGGCCGAUGAGCUGGCCGACGCAUGGGAGCAAGAGGAAGACGGAUAUGAUUAUGCCUCGGGCCAGGAGAUGAGCGCUGCGGGUUCGCAGAACAUGGAUCACAGUGAUGCAGAGGAUGGAUAUCUGCACCCGACAUCUCAGAUGCACGCACGUUCUCCGUCAACAGGUUCACCAGAUCGGAAGAACCGGCUCCGAACGACACAGCUGCGACAACAUCGGCGGCACGAGUCCCAGUACGAUGGAUCAGAUUACGGUAACGACUCGGAUCUGGACGAAGUGGCGGAGAUUUCUCCGUCAUUAGAGAUGCAAUUGUCCGACAUUGAAAGCCUUGCGCGUCGAGGCAUCGAGAAUAAUGGGAGUGAACACGAUCAUAUCAUUCAGCGGACCGUCGAGGCACUCCGAGACCUCGGUGGACAAAGUGGUAUUGAGAAUGGCGCCAUGCGGCUAAUUACGGCUCACUCAUCGAUCACAUCGCACCUCACUCACCAAACCCGCACUCUCCAAUCCUUAAUCCACCCCCUCCUGUUCUCGCCAUUCCCGCUCUUGUCCGAAGACGCCAUUGACUCCCUCAUGCCACUCAUUGACGAAGGUCUUCUGCCAACCCUCCCAUACCCAUUCCCCGAGCAGUCCCGGCGUGAUUCCCGGCCAGUCACACCGUCACAACAGAAUGCCCAGAAUCCCCUCAUGUCUCUACAAGCCCUCGUCUCUCAAACGGCAGAUCUCACCGCUUCUCUUCGCAGCCUUGGAGACACUCUUUACGAGUCCCGUCAGUUGACGGCCACGGCCUCUCGGCGUCUUCGAUCUGCACGUGAGCUCGUCGCGGAUAUCAGACGGGAAGAAGAGAGCCGCGAGGAGGGCUCAAGAUGGAUUGAGCUGGGCGAAUGGGACCGCCGUCUGGAAAGUCGCGAGGUAGGCCAGGAGUGCCGAGACGUUGUCAGCGGGUUUGAAACCGUCUGCGGAGAAUGGCGCGAAAAACUCUUUGGACCUUCACCCGAAGUGAUUGCUGCCUGA